GGGCCCAAAGAAACAAAGUUAUCUUAAGUUCUUAACAAAUAAAAUGCAGUGCCCUGUGCCCAAAUAUUUAUAAUUUUAUACCUGAUUCCUGAACCUCCGAACCUGAUACGGUGAGGUGAGGUGAGCAAUUGAGACUUGAGAGAAGCGGAGAGCAGAGAAUCAGAGAGAGGACUGAACAGUGGAGACUGGAGACUAGAGUGAGGCGGAGAGCAGAGACUACAGAGAAAGGUUUGGCGUUAUAUACUAGUUUGGAACAUCAUACAAUAUGCAGUCCCCCAAUGUUCUUAAGCCUGAAAAUAGUUCUCAACCUGAAUGGGCACAUCUUCCUGUACCUGUUUUGUGCUUGAUUAUGGACAACUUGUCGGAACCCAUAUACCAUGCUUGGUUUGCUGGUGUUUGUAAACAAUGGCAUUUAGUUGCAAAGGACUACAAUAAGAAAAAGAAGGCACUUCCAAUGCUAUUGCUCUCCCUUAACAAUGAUCAUAAAACAAGGAGAGUUUUAUAUGGGAUUACCGAAGGAAAAAUAUUUAAAAAUAUCAACUUAGAAGUAUUUUAUGCUAGGAGAUGCUGCGGCUUCAGCCAUGGUUGGUUGGCCACCGUAGAUGAAAACAUGGCUAUAACCCUCUUGAAUCCUUUCAAAAAAUCAGCCACCAAAAUCACUCUUCCCUCUUUAAAGCACCGUAAACGCAUUAAGAUUCCACAAUUUAAUGUUCUUAAGGUUAUUUUGUCUCACAAUCCAACUUCAAGUCAGGACAAUUAUGCGGUGGUUGUCAUUUAUGCUCCUUCCGAUUUGUUGGCUUUCAUCAACCCAACGCAACAAUAUGCUUGGACUUACCUUGAUGAAAAUCUUAUGGGCUUUACAGAUAUCACCUUUUAUGGAGGUUUGGUCUAUGCUGUGGGACGUAGGGGUAUGGUGGUGUCAUUUGACGUUAAUAGUAAGAAGUAUAGUUCUCAUCAGCAACUAAAACCAAAUAUAAUUGUGCCAAGUUGCUAUCACAGGACUUUUAGAUAUGCUGAAAGAGUGUAUAUUGUUGAAUCAAUGAAGGGAGACCUAAUGGUUGUUCGGAGGUUUAUGGAACGAAAAGAAGGGCUUUUGGAAGAAAUAGAAGAAGAGGAAGAAGAGCGUAAGAGUGUAACCGAAAUUUUCAAGGUUCACAAAUUGCUGUUAAAUGAUCAAACAAAGGGAUCAUUAGAGGAGCAUGUUGAGGUGAAAAGCUUGGGUGAUGAGGCUCUCUUUGUGGGCGACAACCAAUCAAUGUCGAUUUUGGCUUCAAAUUUUCCUGGGUGCCAACCAAAUUCGAUAUACUUCACAGAUGAUUCUAUCGACGUUUUUGCUAUUAAAAAUACGUAUCGUCCGAAGGGGCCUUUUGACAUGGGUAUAUAUUGCUUGGAGAAUGGAACCUUUCAAAAGCAUUAUACUCCGGAAUAUAAACACAGGUAUUUGGCACCUCCACUCUGGGUUGUGCCACCAUCGCAAUGAAUUCGAUGCUAGCUAGAUGUCUUAAUUUUUCAAGUUUACUUUUUCAAUAGAAUGGUUCGGGUUGCCCAUUGUCUCUCAGCCAAUUAAGUUGUUUUAUUGUUAACCUUUUUAUAAAGAUUUUGGUUAAAAUUUCAUGACUUGUUAAUUGUUCGAUUUU